GCUACCUUCUCUCACGCAUCCCCUCUAUCAGCAUCGCAAUUAUCGCUGCUGGGAUCUACCAUAUUCGUUCGCUGGUUCUUGACAAUUGCAUCAUAUCUAGGAAACGCUAUCAUGGGUGGUGACGUACACAGCGAUCGCAUUACGCCCAUCUCCGCCCAAGGCUAUCCGAAGCUUGCAGCUGGCCCUGUAGGCAAGCAGAUCGAGAGUAUCUACAGAGAUCGCCUCAGGCAAUUCACUGAUGGGGGCCAGUAUCGCGAACAGGGUCUGAUCGCAAAGCUCGAUGAAGGCCGCGCCUCGGGCUCCGACUGGGUCAAGCUUUCCGUAUACUCCCCACCAGAUCUAUCCCGCCCGACCUUCAAAGAUGCUACCAGUCACACAUUCCACCCCACUCAUGUCGGCGAAUCCUUCGGACCCAGCUGGUCGACUCAUUGGUUCAAGAUCCAGCUCACAGUCCCUCCCGAAUUACUGGAAAAAGAGCAUCUCGAAUUCGUUUGGGAUGCCAACAAUGAGGGCAUGAUAUGGACAAAGGAGGGUGACGUUGUACACGGCCUGACUGGCGGUGGCGAGCGCACCCAAUGGAUCCUUCCUCACGAAUAUCGCGACGGCAAAGAACACAUCUUCUACGUGGAAAUGGCAUGCAACGGCAUGUUCGGCAACGCGCCUGGAGGCGACUCCAUUCAACCUCCCAAUCCCAACCGUUAUUUCCAGCUCAAUACAGCUGACAUUGUCGCUGUGAAUCUCGAAGCUAGAGCUCUUUACUUCGACUUCUGGGAGAUUGGUGAUGCCGCCCGCGAGUUUCCUGGUGACUCAUGGGAACGCCACGAGGCUCAACAAGUCGGGAAUCGUAUCAUGGAUAAGUUUAUUGCUGGUGGUGGCAGCCAGGAGAGCAUUAUUGAGGCCCGCGACAUUGCCCGUGAAUAUCUCGGCAAUGUUGACUCUCACACCAUCUACGAAUCAGACAAAGAUGCUAUUGUCACGGGUAUUGGGUAUUGCCAUAUAGACACAUGUUGGCUGUGGCCUUUUGCAGAGACGAAGCGCAAAGUCGCCCGCUCUUGGUCAAACCAAUGCGAUCUCAUCGACAGGUAUCCCGAGCUUCGCUUCUGCUGCUCUCAGGCACAACAAUACAAGUGGCUGGAACAAUACUACCCAUCUACGUUUGAUCGUGUCAAGAAGAAGGUCAAAGAAGGCACAUUUCAGCCCAUUGGUGGCUCGUGGGUCGAGCACGACACUAACCUGCCUGGCGGAGAGUCACUCAUAAGGCAAUUUCUCUACGGUCAACGCUACUUUGAGAGCCGGUUCGGGCAACGAUGUCGAACAUUCUGGCUGCCAGAUACUUUUGGGUACUCUACGCAGCUACCACAGAUUUGUCGGAUCUCAGGUAUGAAGAGGUUUUUGACACAAAAGCUCAGCUGGAACAACAUCAACAACUUCCCCCAUACCACUUUCAACUGGGUUGCCUUGGAUAACAGCCAAGUUAUCUGUCACAUGCCACCAGCAGAGACGUAUACUGCUGAAGCCAAUUUUGGUGACGUGAGAAGGAGCAUAACGCAGCACAAAUCUCUGGAUCAGGACAAAACGUCACUUUUGGUAUUUGGAAAGGGCGACGGAGGCGGUGGCCCGACUUGGCAACACCUUGAGAAGCUCAGGCGCUGCCGAGGUAUUGCGGAUAAAACCAGUCUACUACCGCGUAUCAAGCUGGGCGACUCCGCAGAUGACUUCUUCGAUAGACUGGAGACGAAAGUUGAACAAGGCACCGAGCUUGUUACUUGGUACGGUGAGCUCUACUUUGAACUACACCGGGGGACAUAUACUACACAAGCGAACAACAAGCGCAAUAACAGGAAAGCCGAGAUCUUGUUGCGCGAUAUCGAAUACCUUGCAACUUUGGCGACUGUCAAGAACGGGUUCGGCACAAAGAGCGCAUACAAGUAUCCCAAAAAAGAUAUCGACAGUAUGUGGGAGGAUGUCCUGCUCUGUCAAUUUCACGACUGUUUGCCCGGAAGUUCAAUCGAAAUGUGUUACGACGAUUCGGAUGAAAUAUACGAACGCGUCUUUAAGACGGGCGAGAAACUCAUAGCUAAUGCGCUUUCAGAGCUGGGUUUCGACACCAGCAUUCAAGCCGACAGCGACCUUGCAGCUAUAAACACACUUCCAUGGCCCCGCACCGAACUUGUUAAGCUUCCAUCGAAUGCCAGGCUACCUUCCUAUGGCUUAGCUUCUGGGGAUGGUCUAAGUGCCAUGUCAAUCCGGCCUCUUUCUUCGCCUUUUUCCGCUGCCAUUGCUUCUGUAAAGGAGAUCAGACCCAACGUAUAUGAGCUUCGUAACGCUCAAUUUGUCAUUGAGGUUUCCGAUGGUCAUAUCAGCUCUCUUUACGAUAUUGCUACCGAUCGCCAGCUUGUUCCUAAGGGUGCGAAGGCUGCCCAGUUGGUUUUAUACGACGACAAACCACUCUACUGGCAGGCGUGGGAUGUGGAAGUCUAUCAUCUACGAUCUCGAGAGGAAUUGAAACCCUCGAAGACUGUGAUAGCUGAAGACGGUCCACAACGAGUCUCGCUGGAGAUUGAAACGAAGAUUUCGGACAAGUCGUGGAUCAAGACAACCAUUUCACUACCAGCCGUGGUUGGAAACGCUCCCUCGAGCGUAGAGAUUGAUGCUGAGAUUGAGUGGCGAGAGACCAUGAAAUUUCUCAAGGUUGAGUUCCCUGUCGAUAUUGUAAACACGGAAGCGAGCUACGAAACACAAUUUGGCAUCGUUCGUCGACCAACCCAUAGAAAUACAAACUGGGAUAUGGCCAAGUUCGAAGUUUGUGUCCAUAAGUGGGCAGAUCUGUCUGAAGCCACUUAUGGUGUCUCCAUCUUGAACGAUUCGAAAUUUGGUUUUGCUGUCGCUGGUAACGUGAUGCGACUGUCUCUUCUGCGCGCACCAAAAGCACCAGACGCACACGCAGAUAUGGGUCGUCAUCACACGCGGUACGCCAUAUUCCCCCAUGCUGGCCCUUUGAGUGAGAGCACAGUUCGAAAAGCGUUCGAAUUCAACAAUCCAUUGCGCAUCGUGGGACAUAAAUCUACGUUUGGGAGAAGCGCCCGUCCGUCACUCUUGAACACCUUUCAUAUCGAAGGGGCUCCCAAUCUCGUCCUAGACACAAUCAAGCGCGGCGAAGAUGAUGAAGACGUUUCAACAGGAAUCCUACCCAUUAAACCUGGGCAUUCCAUCAUAGUGAGAGUAUAUGAUGCAAUGGGUGGUAAGGGUAAAGGAGUGCUUACUUGGGGGCAUUUGGAUGUUAAGGGUGUGAUCAAGACAAAUGCGCUUGAAGACCACGAGGACGAUAUGAAGGAAUCCAUGACGCAGACUGCUGGAGGGAAGAAGGGAGUCAAGAUCGAGAUUAGAGCUUUUGAGGUUGCGACUUUCAAGUUGCUGCUCUGA